GGAAGUCAAUGCUCUUGUCGGCAAUCGGUGGGCGAGAAGUGCCGAUUCCCGAGCACAUCGACAUUUAUCAUCUGACACGGGAGAUGCCACCCAGUGAGAAGACCGCACUCCACUGUGUGAUGGAGGUGGACACUGAAAGAACCAUGCUGGAGAAAGAGGCCGAACGCCUGGCACAUGAAGAUGCGGAGUGUGAGAAGCUGCUGGAGAUCUACGAGCGGUUGGAGGAGUUGGACGCGGCCAAGUCGGAGGUGCGGGCGUCUCGUAUUCUGCAUGGUUUGGGUUUCUCUCCAGCCAUGCAGAGGAAGAAGCUGAAGGAUUUCAGUGGUGGAUGGAGAAUGCGAGUUGCUCUGGCCAGGGCUUUGUUCAUCCGGCCAUUCAUGUUACUUCUGGAUGAGCCCACCAAUCACCUGGAUCUGGAGGCGUGUGUGUGGCUGGAGGAGGAGCUAAGAUCCUUCCGGAGAAUUCUGGUUCUCGUCUCCCAUUCCCAGGACUUCCUGAAUGGAGUUUGUACAAAUAUCAUCCAUCUACACAACCGCAAACUCAAAUAUUUCACAGGGAACUAUGACCAGUAUGUGAAGACUCGGGAGGAGUUGGAGGAGAAUCAGAUGAAGAGAUUUAAUUGGGAGCAGGAUCAGAUCUCACACAUGAAGAAUUACAUCGCUCGGUUUGGACACGGAAGUGCGAAGUUGGCUCGUCAGGCGCAGAGCAAAGAGAAGACCCUCCAGAAGAUGAUGUCAUCGGGGCUGACGGAGCGAGUGGUCAGCGAUAAGACUUUGUCCUUCUGCUUCCCGUCCUGUGGGAAGAUUCCUCCUCCGGUCAUCAUGGUGCAGCACGUCAGCUUCCGGUAUAGUGAUGACGGGCCUCUCAUCUAUAAGAACAUUGAGUUUGGAAUAGAUUUGGAUAGUCGGGUGGCCCUCGUGGGACCCAACGGAGCCGGAAAAUCCACUCUGCUCAAACUUCUGAUGGGAGAGUUGUUGCCCUCGGACGGAAUGAUCCGGAAACAUUCUCAUGUGAAGAUCGGACGCUAUCACCAGCACCUCACCGAACAGCUGGAGCUCGACCUUUCACCUCUGGAGUACAUGAUGAAGUGUUACCCCGACAUCAAGGAGAAGGAGGAUAUGAGGAAGAUCAUCGGGAGAUACGGACUGACCGGCAAGCAGCAGGUGAGUCCAAUCCGGAACCUCUCGGACGGACAAAAGUGCCGCGUUUGCUUCGCUUGGCUGGCCUGGCAGAACCCGCACAUGCUCUUCCUGGACGAGCCGACCAAUCAUCUGGACAUUGAGACCAUCGACGCGCUCGCAGACGCCAUCAAUGACUUCGAGGGAGGGAUGAUGCUCGUCAGCCACGACUUCCGACUCAUUCAGCAGGUGGCUCAGGAGAUCUGGGUGUGUGAGAAACAAUCGGUUACAAAGUGGAAAGGAGACAUCUUAUCCUACAAGGUGCAUCUGAAGUCCCGACUGAACGAUGACGAGCCGCCGCGGAAGGGCAACUGAGCGAGUGCAGAAAGUUUCCGACUUUCCCUCCGGAAGUCUCCAUAGUCAUCAGCUUGAAGAAGCCUCCAUUGCUGUGGAUGGCCACCCCUCGGUGUCACCGGAGAAGGACAUUAGUGACGGGGCCCACAGGGCAGCCAAUAGAACGGGCUUCUCAGGAAAGGACGCAGCUAGUGGGUGGGCCCAGGGGGUGGAAGGCCUCUGACUCCUCCCCUCUGCGCUCUCCUCAUCUGAUCCCAAUUUACAUCUUUUUUUUGUUUUUUUUGUUUUUUUUAAGCAAAUUAUUUAUCUGUAAUUGAAAAGAUACAAUAAAGAGAGAAACUUC